UCAUAUUUAUUUUCAGUUAUAUCGACGCAAUGUAACACACAGCUACAUGGAAACUACAACCUAAGAUUUAUAAUGAGGAAGACACGAGUGCAUCCUGUUAGACUACAAACUAGUCUGCCAUUAAAAGACUUCUGGCAAUACUGUUUAAACGAUGCACUUUCUUGUAAGAUAUGUGACUAAUGUGGAUGCAGAUGGAAAUGCAAUAAAGUGAAAGUUGUUUAAAAAAAGAUCAUGAUGGCUAUAUUUAGCGAGUUGUGUGUAUUUAUAGAUCAAUGGGUGCUCGUCUAAACCCUGGAAAGAGUACUGGGACAAUGUACAUUUUAUUAUUAGCCAUGCCAUUCUUGCAGUGUGGAUGGGGAAGUAGCCUAUUUGCUCACACUCCCCUAAGAAAAGUUUUGAUUUACUGUGAAAAAAAAAAAAGUAUUUGAACACCUUGCUAUUUUGGAAGUUCUCCCACUUCGAAAUCAUGGAGGGGUCUGAAAUUUUUAUCGUAGGUGCAUGUCCACAAUCAGGCUAUCCAGAAAUCAAAGUAUAUGAUUUUUUAAAGUAUUUGUGUGAUACCACUGCAAGUAAGUGAACACCUGAGAAAAUGAAUGUAAAUAUUUGGUACAGUAGCCUUUGUUUGCAAUUACAAAUAAAUGUUUCCUGUAGUAUUUCACUAGGUUUGCACACACUGCAGGAGAGAUCCUGGCCCACUCAUCAGUCAGGUUUCUUCGCUGAGAAACAUGGAGUUUGAGCUUCCUUCAAAGGUUUUCUAUUGGGUUUAGGUCUGGAGACAGGCUAGGCCAUGCUAGAACAAUGUUUUGCUUCUUAUGGAGCCACUUCUUGGUUUUCCUGGCUGUGUGCUUUGUCAUGUUGGAAGACCAAGGCACAACACAUCUUCAAUGCUCUGACUGAAAGAAGGAGGUUGUUCCCCAAAAUCUCAGAAUACAGGGCCCCAUUCAUACUCUCUAUAAAACAGUGCACUCGUCCUGUCCCAUGCGCAGAAAAACACCCCCAAACAUGAUGCUACCGCCCCCAUGCUUCACAGUAGGGAUGGUGUUCUUGAGCUAGUACUCAUCAUUCUUCCUUCUGGUAACACGAUUAGUGGAGUUAUGACCAAAAACUCCCACCACUCCUCUGCAUCAUCCAAAUAGUCAUAGGCAAACUUAAGACUGUCCUUGACAUGUGCUGGUUUAAGCGGGGGAACCUUCCGUGCCAUGCAUGAUUUAAAACUCUUGACGUCUAGUGUAUUACCAACAGUAACCUUGGAAACUGUGGUCCCAGCUCUUUUCAGGUCAUUGACCAACUCCUGUCGUGUAUUUCUGGGCUGAUUCAUUUCUUAGGAUAAUUGAGACCCCACGAGGUGAUAUCUUACAUGGGGCUCCACAACGAUUGAGAUUUACCGUCAUGUUUAGCUUGCUCCAACAGUGGACCUUUUUUCACCAAGCUGCUUGGCAAUUGCUCCGUAGCCCUUUCCAGCCUUGUGGAGAUAAACAAUUUUAUCUCUGGUGUCUUGACAGCUCUUUAGUCUUGAUCAUGUAAGUAAUUGGAUUCUUCCUGAUUGUAUAUGGUGGACAGGUGUCUUUAUGCUGCUAUCGACCUCAAACAAGUGCAUCUGAUUCGGGAUAAUACAUGACGUGGAGGUGGACUUUUAAUAGGCGGACUAACACUCUCUCACAGUGAACAUGCACCUACGAUGAAAAUUUCAGACUCCGCCAUAAUUUUUAAGUGAGAGAAGUUGGAAAAUAGCAGGAUGUUCAAAUACUUAUUUUCGUCACUGUAUAGUGAAGAUAAUGACAUUUCAAUGCAGAUAUGAAAGCAACUCUACCUGUUUUUUUUUUUUUUUUUAAUGAACAUGAACAUGAAGCAAUUGUCAGAGAAUCUCAAAACUUAAAAAAUAAGGUCCUAAUGGUACUUUUUUCUAAUUUGUGGAAAAGAAAAAUCAAAAUGAAAAUGUGUAAUAAGCGCUCUAGUAUCUAUAACUCUAGGUAAAUCCAGAUUUCUUUUUCUCAUGGAACCUGCAGAUGCAUGUGUUGACUUGCUUCCAUCAUUUUUUUAAAUUUCAAAAUUCUAAAUUAGUCUCAAAAUAAUGAAAUUCAUAGUGUAUCAAAUGUGAUACACUAGGCUAGAAGUUAAUAAAAUGAAUGUGAAAUAGAGCACUCUGAUUUAAAGCAUAGUCACUGAUUUCAGGAAAUCAAUAUUCCGACAGAUUCAGUAAAACCCCACAAAGCUGUAUUUCACUGAAUGGAAUGAUGUACGGAAUGCGCUCUUUGACAACAGAGGGCUUGUUUAACCUCUUCAACACAGGGAUUUUUGUUCUCUUACAUUACUCAAACCAUAAUAUCUAUACGAAAGCUGUCACAAAGUUGACAAACUAUGAUUUUCUAUUAAAGCUUUUAGUGUGGUCCACAAAGUACACAUGUUUUAAUAUGUAUGUUCCAUUUACUGAUUGGGUUUUGUUUUUAUGUUCCAUGGGAAGCGUGUACAAGGCCUUGGUGUUUGCUGUCUGAAUGACUCGGACUCGCUCAGUUUGUGUAAGUUCGUGAGAGAGCUUUGUGUUGCGGGGCAAAGUCCCUUCUGCUAAUAUUUAACGGGACAUUUUUGGGUGAUGUAGUGGAUCCCCACACAUAAAGACCAGUAUAAUUUGUACUGUAUUUUAUGGGUGUAAUACUCACUGCUGCUCCACACAAACAAUGAGGUCCCUUCUGCUGUAAUGAAUCGACUACCUGCAAUGAAAUGCCUAAUUAUGGACUUUUUUGUUUUAACGAUGGUUCUUUCAUGCAGCACUCAAGUUUUUGCUCUUUUAAAGCUGUCACCCAGCAGCUUAACUGUCUUAAGUGGGGAUGAAGCCCGCUUUACUUGUAGUUCUGAGAAUGCAGAGUGGGAUGUAAUGCUGUGGGAGCUGAACAACACACUGGUGGUCACCAUCUCCAGAAUUCACGGUGUGCUUUCUUCUUCCGUCCCCAAUGUGACGGCAGAGAAAAGCCAGAAUGGAGAUGCUUGGAUAUUGUUGCUUAUGAAUGUGGAGAGGCACUACGAGGGUCAAGUGAGCUGUAACAUCCAGGGCAAUGCCAAGAAAACAGCAAAUCUCUUUGUUCAAGAAAAAGGCAUAGUGAAAGUCUUUGGAGUUCACACAAUAGCAUUAAAAGGGCAGUUGGUCCAGUUUGAGUGUGAUGCUGUGGGAUGGUACCCUCUCCCUACUUUGCAAUGGGAAGUCCAUGGUAAAAAGUUGAGCCAGAGUGAAUACAACCUCAGCAGUGAACUGACGGGAAAGAGUCUCUUCACUGUGAGCAGCAACCUCAGCAUGACAGCAACUAAGAGCUCACGUGUUGACUGUCUGGCCUCAGUGUCUGCCCUCUCUACCCCGCUGAUGAGCAGCAUCCCUCUGACAGUGGUUGCAGAGGUGGUGCAAGAUGAAGAUGACUGCAGAGUCCCGUUGGCGGUAACAUCCUCCCUCACUGCUCUUCUCCUGCUUCUCUUGCUCUGCAUCUGCACUGUCCUCUGCUACAGACAAAGGAGACAAGCAAAGAGAAGCACACAGGAUGCAAUAAGGACUGAGGAGUCGAACAAUGGACAAAGUUCACUUGCUGAGCCUACACAUGCCAGAAUCAAUUUGGGAUAUAUAAGUGAGGGUGCAACAGACGCAGUUUACAAAGAGAUAAUCAAGGAAAUUCAUAGCAAGAUGGAUUUUGACAGCACUGAGACGGUCCCUGAUGUCGUGACAUCCAGGAGCCUGUCUUUACAUAGUGACGUUCAACCCCCAAUCAACCUUUUAGAGGAGAACUCCAAGAACAUCAGGAGAGUUACAACAGUUUGAACACAUUUGCGGCUUUUUUUUUUGUGCCCAGUGCAAGUUCGGAAAAUCCAACAUAAUCGGCUCUUCUCAUUCCCUUUAAAUAUGCCACACUCGCAUGUUGCAUGGAAACAUUUCUGUGUGCUUAGGGACGCAAAAUACAUGACUCAAUUACGAUUGCUCUGCAGCGAAUUAUCGCUGACAGUCCUCCCAGUCAAAAUGGAUCAGAUAUCUGUCACCAUCAGUGGCAGCCAAUAAUCUAUUUAAAAUACUGUAUUUACCCUUGGAGAACCUGGAGAAAUAUUUCAUCUAUCAAUUUAAAAUGUAACCCAAUAUUAUGUUUACACUGUGUCUGCAAUGACGUUACUCUGUUUAAUCAGGCAUUUUUUUUGGUGUGAUUACCAAUGAUUUAGCUUGGACAGAAUUUUCUACUAGAAUAAUAUUUUUGGUUAAAUUUUAAAUUGUACUGUACAUCCAAAGAAACCGUCUGAAGAUGAUUAUACAUUUUCCUAGUCCAUUGCAUUUAUUUCCAUAGUUAUUCUAUAGUGAAUAAUAUAUAUAGAGAUAUAUGUAUUAUUGUCUUUUGUAGUCUAAAUCAGUGGUGCCCAAACACCGGGCUGGGGACCGGUACGGCUCCGUGGCACCUAUUCUACCGUGCUGCACAGAAAUAAUAAAUAAUUUAUUAACGACCGCAUUGUGCCUUGUGCCUCUUGACACAGCAAUCUGUCUGCCUACUCCAUUGACUAGUCCGAGUAGAGAUAUGUGGAUCUCGCCUUCUAGUGGUAACCGCCAUUACUGGGGUGUUUACACAUCUCAGUAGCAGCCCAGCGUCAGUCAAUGUAAACAGCUGGCGGUACACAUCAGCAAUGGUAGACGAGGUAUUUCCGGUCGUAUUGCUCAGACGCUCAUCAAAAAGAAAAGGAAAUCACAAUAUAGAGAUAAUCAUAAUAUAGAGGUAACAAUUAAAACUGGAUGUGGCGUUGUGUUUGUACGGUUUUGGGGGACUCUGGUUGACUUCCUCUAAUUUUCUUCCGGUUACACAACAAUGCCAACGGCUAUGGAACGCUUCAAUGUGGAUCUUCAGCUUAUCAACAUUGAACAACAAAUGUUGAUCAUACUAUAAUGUCUGUGACUAUGAGCGGGUCCAUUAAGAAGAGGCAAACAGACUGGGAGCUGUGACGUAGCGGGAAGCGAUUGGAAAGAACAGGAGAAAGCAAACGUUAGCGGUCACGUUAUUUUCUUAUUUGUUUAUUUUACUGACACAAUAAAGUGGGGAAAGCCAUCAUCGACUCCUCUCCUUCUUCCCCCAUCCGGGGCUAUUACAAUACAAAUGUUGAGGCGCAGGCGAUGCUGAAGACUGUUGCGGAGGUGGUCUGUCUGACUGUUGAUGCCGCACAGAGACAGACAGUUUACGAAUUCUAACAUCGGGUAGAAGCCAGCAAGCUGCGUUGUCAAGCGUUUUGUCUGAUUUCUUUGCCGUGUCCUACAUCUAGCUAGUGGGAAGCCAUAGCAGAGUUCUGGCGGCUAUGGAACUUCCGGAACUGUGUUGGAAGCCUUAAUGAUAAACACGUUAUCAUAAAAGCACCGACGCACUCUCAAUCAUUGAUAAAGUAUCAAGUGUGUGAACUGUCUGUAGUUGAAAAUUAAACAUCAAAACAACUCUUUUGACACCAAACGUGUGCUUUAUUCUUCAUAUACUUGAAGUUUAAAAUGUAAAUAAGUCAGACUCACAGCAAACAGAUGUACACAAUAAAUGAUAAAGUGCACCAACCAAAAAUACGACAAAGUGAUAAAAAGCUGGCAGUUUUUGGCCGACUGUGUCACCGCUUCGUGUGGCCAUUCGCUUCCGAACACACACAUUCUUGUUACGGAGGUUCUUCCAUUUAAAAAAUAAAAAUAAAAAAUUAUGCAAUCGCUGACCUCCAGCCCCGUAUUUUCAGCAACCUCAUUCCAUGAAUUGCUUGCCAUUUGGUAAUCUUUAUAAUGUCUUGACGAGACAUUGUAGAGGUUGUUGUACUUGCGGACCGCUUCGAUGAUACUCUUGUCGGCUUGGUCCAUUUUGGGUGUAACACAACAAUGUUUGAAAAUGGCGGUGAUUUCGCGCUGAACCGGAAACAACAGUCUGAGUGGACCAAUCACAGUCCGUUUGCAUCACGUCACCACGUGGGUUAGGGACAAGUGGUCUAUAUUAUAGUCUUUAUUUAAUCAGUCUCUGAAUCAACGUACAGCUACUGUUGGGAAAGUUCCUGCUUUACAACAUGAACUACUUCAGUUCAGAAAUUUUAAACUAAUAAAGUUCAUAGUUCAGCAUUUUGAACUAAGUUUAAUGUUUCAAAAAUGAAUUAGUUAAUAGUUAUCGCCAGACAGGAAGGCUUGGGAGCUGAUUUUAAACUCAUGAUUUAUUAAUUGAGAGGCAGGUGUGCUAACAGGUCAUCCAUUAAAGUGCAUGUGACACGAAAAAGCAUGUUUAUUUCAUAAUACACGCUGUAUUUUAUGCUCCUGAAUGAGAUGGACCGCUUGGAUGUGUGUGGAAGCGAUCGCUAUAUUUAUUUAGUUUUUUGAAGCCCGCGCCAUGAAAAUGAGUGACUUCCGGCUUCGGUCUUGCAUUGAGGAGGAGGGCGCUGUGACGUGUACGGUAGAAGACGUCCUCUUCACUAUACAGCGUACUGUUGUGUACGAGGACGAAGGAUUCAGCUGAUUUUGCAGAUUAAUACGUUUAUUUUUCGCAUCACGCCAGCCAAACGGCUGCAGAAAAAUCAUUCUGUAUGAGGGAGAGGCGCAUGCGCCUUUUUGGAGUUUCAAAAGGUUCCCAUUCACCGUGGAUAUUGGCCAAAACAAGCCCGACUACAGUGGGACCAUUGGACAUAGGAGAAAGUGAGUAAACAUCUUGUUUAGUAUUAUGUCAAAUAUUAAUACAGCUAUUACAAAGUAAACACUACAAACUUUCUUUAAAUAAAGGACUACUUACGUUUGAUCAUUGAUAGGCACGUAAAAAGCUCUCCUCAUGCACAUUAGCACGUUAGCUGCACAACAACUGCAGCCACCCUCCUCUGGGGAACGAACUGUAAAUUGCUCUCCGCCGGGCGGUUUGCCGAUCCGCGAAGACAAUCGACAACUCGGUCAUCAUGUCAAAUAAUCCAGGCGAGUUAUGUGUGACUUUCCGAUUCGAAGGCUUUGAAACAACACUCGGUUCGGGUUAGCAUGUCGGCUAGCUGUCACUCCUUUUGGUUUGUUUACAUUCUCCGAAGCCGGGGAAGGGAAAUGACAUACAGUAUGUCCGAUUUAGGUGUCAUAAAAUAUCGUUCGGGAGGUGCGACAGUAAAGGUGAAGUCGACAGUUUUGACCAUUAUGGAGUAAUUUUGCCAUGUCGUCCUGAAUAAAUGCAUUUUUAUUAUUUCAUAUUCCAUUUAGCACAAGACUGUUAUUUGUGUCAUGACCAUGCCGUUUAUUUAGCAAUUGGGGAAAGUACUUGGAUAAAAAGAAUAUCUUGUAAAAAUAUUGAAGUAAAGAGACAGAAACAAUGACAUUUUGCAGCUCUCUUCGUCGCGUUUUCCUCGUUGUGAAUAGUUCCCCCUCGACGGGCUGACUGGUCCUUCUCAAGCCAUUUAUAUAGCUAUUGGGGAUAAAUACUUGGAUAAAAAGAAAGUCCUGUAAAAAUACUGGAGUAGAGAGACUGAAACAAUGACGUUUUGCGGCUCUCUUCGUCGCGUUUUCCUCGUUCUGAAUAAUUCCCCCUCAAUGUGCUGAAUAGUAAAACCGAUGAGCCCAGUCUACCGCUGACGUCAUCCACCUGUUGGGGACGCUAAAGCCCUAUAAUGGUAGGCGUGGCUAAUCAGCAGAUUAAAAGACUAAUUUCUUGUCAUCUGCGCUUUGCUAAAUUGUUGUAUAUAGUCGAAUCGUCUCAAAAUAUGAUUCUAAUUCACAUAAUAAAGCCAUUUAAGACUUUUUUUUCUCAUGUCGUAUGCUCUUUAAGCCUAGUUAAAAUAAUUUGAAAUAUAAAACUUUCUGGAGUACAACUAAUCUUGGUUUUAUAUUUCUUACCCAUCUGGAUAUACCGGAGAAUGUUGCAGUAACAUUUUUCUGGAUAAUGAGGAGGUAAAGGAAACAUGUAAACUCGCCAAUUUAUUUAAACAACCACACUGCUGAAAAAUGUGUUUGUGUGCUGCCUCUUCUUCCUGUCCUAUGUUCACAUGCUUGAUAAUUGGGUUCUAAGAAUAUCAAUGUGCGACAGCAAGCGGGAACUUCUGCCGCAUAUUGAUUGAUGCCCUGAUGGGGCUGACAGUUUUUCUCUGUGCUACUUUGUUGCAGUGAUGUAAGCUGACAAAGGCACAUUUCAGAAUACAGUUGAAACUUGAAAAUUUAAUCAUUUAUCCAAAGAGGAAAGACUAUUUCAUUGUUUAAGUGCGUUUUUAGGACAACCAUGAUCAUGUGUUCUUUGCUCUUUUAUGUGUCUCCACCUCAUAGUUCAAGACACAAAGAAGCUGUUAGUGGAUGCAAUGAACAGAGUGUGAUUGUUUGAAAUGUGGCAGGGUCGUGAGUAUCUUUGCAGUGACGCACAAAACACCAGAUUUAUCUCUGCAUGAAGAGGGUGACAUAACAUUUGCAUUUCAUAAUGGCAAAGCAGGAAGAGUGGAGUGUUGGUGAUGAAGGUCUAUGAAUCUGCCAGACCUUCUCCAUAUAGAUGCAUCAAGGAAUGUCCUGCAUCUCCCAUAAACAAAGAGUUUUCUCACUGCGAACUGUGCAUCAUUUUUCAUAUUUGUUUUUUUCUAUUUUACAAGGAGUAAACCAAAGUCCAAAUUUAUUUGAUUAUGCGUCACAUGUAUUCAUUCAAAAGGGUAAAAAGGAAUGAUGGGUUGUUUCGAAGAAAAACACUGUGAUCGUAUUGAAAAGUUUGUACGUCAUGUGUCAACUCCUGGAAGUACUUGAAAGAAAAAAGCAAUCAGCAGCGUGUGUUUUGUUGAAUGGAAAGUACACUUUCAUUUCAUUGAAGGCCGAUGCAUAUCCUGAUUGGAGCUCGCCGCCUGCAUUUGAUUUAUCUCUUCUGGCAACAUUGAUUAGCUGCAUAUGUUUCAGCCUAUGAGAGAGCGUCUUAGUGGGUAUGAGGUCAGGAUAAGCAAGGCGGCACCAUAAGAACAUAAAUACUUAACACACCUCCUAGAACAACAACAACAAAAAGUAAAUUGCAGUUUCUACGAUAGGAAAUGUCAAGGGAUUAGCAUAUGCAUUUGGAUUUAUUACAAUCAUGGGCAAUAGCUCAAUCGAGUCGAUAAAUUUUUAAAUAAUCUCAUAUGCAGGCAUGAAAAUCUCUCACCUUUCGGCGAAAUUCGCCGUUUUGAAGUCAAAAAUGGCGACCUACGUGAAUUGCGUAGA